GGCACAAUCAAACAAGUUAAAAAAUAAAAAUAAAAAGCCAGAAAUUAAGGAAGCUUUUCCAGUUUUUGAGCCGAAUAAAAUAAAUAAAUAAAUCGCGCACACGCAGACGCACGAGUCGUUCUCCGACCAUGAGCCUCUUCGGUUUAGGGAGAAAUCAGAGGACAUUUCGCCCAAAAAAGAGUGCCCCAUCAGGGAGUAAGGGUGCACAGCUUCGGAAACAUAUUGAUGCGACCCUAGGUAGUGGAAACCUGAGGGAAGCAGUAAGGCUUCCUCCUGGGGAGGAUCUAAAUGAGUGGCUUGCUGUCAACACUGUGGAUUUCUUCAACCAGGUAAAUCUGCUGUAUGGUACCCUAACAGAAUUCUGUACUGCUGAGAACUGCCCUACAAUGACAGCAGGCCCCAAGUAUGAGUACAGAUGGGCAGAUGGUGUACAAAUCAAAAAACCUAUUGAGGUCUCUGCUCCAAAAUAUGUGGAAUAUUUAAUGGACUGGAUUGAGUCUCAGCUUGAUGAUGAGUCCAUAUUUCCUCAAAAGCUUGGUGUUCCAUUUCCGCCCAACUUUAAGGAUGUUGUGAAAACAAUAUUCAAAAGAUUGUUCCGUGUAUAUGCUCACAUUUAUCACUCUCACUUCCAAAAAAUUGUGAACCUUAAGGAAGAAGCUCAUCUGAACACAUGCUUCAAGCACUUCAUACUAUUUACCUGUGAAUUUGGUCUAAUUGACAAGAAGGAGCUUGCUCCACUUCAGGAGCUUAUAGAUUCCAUUAUCGUUCCGUACUGAACAGUGAUCAUGGGUUUGGCAUAUCCUGAUAGAAAAGCUAUUAUUUUUAGGGAUAUGAAUAAAGUUCAAUUAAUACUAUAUAUGACAUAAUUGUCGCUUACACUGCACAAUAUUAUAAAUUCCCUGAAUUUGCUGUA